AUGGCAAAGUCAAACGUUGCUCUCAACCGUGCAGCUCUCAAUGAGUUCAUUACCAUGCCGGUUUCAUGCGAGAUGAUAUCGUAUCUCGCCAGACAGUCUUCUAUGGUGAUUCGAUGCGAGGACCGUGCUAUUCGAGGGCCUGUCACCCAGCAAGGAACCCUCACGCCACCAGCAUCCCCCAAUCUCAAGGCUGCGGACGAGUCUCAUCUUCCUCCUCUCCCGCCAUUGGAGGCGUUCAUCUUCUCGCUUGUCACUCGUUCCCAUGUUGAGGUCCCUACUCUCAUGACAUCUCUUGUUUUUCUGGCACGGCUCAAGAACAAGCUUCCCCCCGUCGCCAAGGGUAUGCGCUGCACCUCUCACCGUAUCUUCCUGGCUGCUCUCAUUCUGGCUGCCAAAAACCUCAACGACUCCAGCCCAAAGAAUAAGCACUGGUCCAGAGGUCAACCUGAUGGAACGCCAGCUUCUCUACCUGCUCGCUGGGACACUCGUGUCAACGAGGAGGAUCUCUUCCUUCACUUCGAGCCUUUCCUAGCUCCCAUCCGCAGCCAGCUCCAGGCACAAUGCGACAUGGAGAUGGAGCGUGAACGUGAACGUGAACUCGCCGUCCGCGCAGCUCUGACCCAGGCAUCCCGUGACCAGAGCCCUGCUCGUCUACCAAGCGACUAUGGUCUGCAGGGCGGCAUCUACGAUUCUCCCCGUUCGAUCGCGGACAAUUCUAGCGAUCGCAUAGCACGUCAUAAGCGUCGCCAAUCCCUACAGCGAUCUGGUCGCUCUAUUUCCCCGCCUUCUGUCCUCGAUCUACCGGCCCUCGGCCAUGCCGACUCCAAUCACGGCUCGUCGUCCCGAUCUUCCAGUUUGGCGCCCAGCUCUCGAGGAACCCCUGCCAGCAUCGACACCGCGUCCUCUUUCCAUGAGGUCGUUGUUGCCGACGGCAGCACCAGCCCAGGCUCCUCUCACCUGGCGUAUAGCUAUGUCGACAUUCAGAUGGUACGUCCAAAGGCAAAGGGCCAUACCAUCACCUUCUCAAACGAGAUGCAGCCACAGAAACGCGCAAAGACGGCUGGCUCGGGAACCGGAGGUAUCAUUUCUAGAUUCUUCGGCUCUGCCGCAGGUUCAUACAUGGAGAAACGCAAGGCCCGCCCAGUGGCAUAG